GUCUGCUGCGUAUAUACACACAGAGCGACAAAUAGUUUAUACUCGAGCGCGCGUAUAUAUUAUUAAAACGAGUUGAUUUAUUUUUUUCGUACGAUACGAUACAAUAUAUAGAUAAAUUCGAAAGCAAAGCCACGACGAGACACUCGACGUCCGUACAUAUAAGCUCGCCAAAAUGCCAAAUUUCACUCGGCUCUUGGAAUAACAAGUUUGACAGGUCUAAUUCAGCGCACACGCGUAUUAAACACACGCACUGGCGGUACACAGUUGGCGCUCUGGCUGAAUUCGUAGCAGCAGCAACAGCUUAAUAUACAUAUGUGAGCAUGCGCGGCACCACUGCUUAGUCAGCCGAUAAUUAUUGAGAGAAAAGCUGGCCCGUAUACCGAGCUUUUUCCCUAUCUAGCGGCAAAUGCGAGCCGCGCGUCCGACAGUCGCGAUCGAGACGCCCAAUAGCCGGUUGUACGAAAAGCGCCAAAUCUAGCGAGCUGACGUACAUUGUACAUAAAUAAUAAAUAGCAAAGUUUUUGCGCGAGUGCAAAGGACGCGUGGCGUGGCGAGCGCGCCACCAGCAGCAUAUAUAUGACAGCUGUGUGCCAGGUGACAGCGAACGUCAAGUGAAGCCGAAUCAAAACAAAAACAAAAGGCAAAAAACGAGGUCGAUGACAAGCAGGCGCUCGCGUCUGGAAAAUCUAUUCGCUCCGAAGCUGCGAGGAUAAUUAGACUGAGAAAAGGCAGCGAGGUAUAGCGGAAGCCCCCGUGUGCCAUUGCCAUGGCAUCGCAGCAAUUGCCGGCUGCCGCUGCUGAUCUUGGUAAUUACAAUCGCGGCCACAACACCAUGGGGAGUCUUCUUGGUUCUGCUCGUCUGCUCGGCAUCGGCCACGAUGAGAAAAAUUGAACCCUCUCCCUGCACACCCCCGGAGUAGUUCGAAGGCGUAUGAUGUGCCGUGGUGCUUUACGACAGAGAGAGAGAAAGAAAGAAACCAGCCUCAGAGUCUGCUUCAGUUAUCGUUGUUGUUGUUAUUGUUGUUCGUUGACGGUGUUGUUGUUGUUUUGAUUGGCGCAGUUGCAGUAGUUGCAGUUAGUGGCGGUGCGCGCGUGUGAUAUGCCGUGGAUAAAGUGUCUGAGCAGCGGUAGCAGCAGUGGUGGUCGCAAUGCCUCGGCGGCGGCCGCUUCUGCUGAUCAUCAUGGAUCCGCGAGCAACAACAAAACGUCGAGGGCCGCGAGUAAGAAACAGCUCAGCGUCAGUCAGCCGGUUCAUCUGCUCGUCAAGAACGAAUUUCAACCGCAGAGUCAUGUGUUCCGAGCGAAGCGACUGCGAAGGCCAAGAGUGUGUCAGCUAUGUCACCAAUCGGUGAUAAAACAGGCGUCCUGCUGUCGAGUUUGUAAAUUCAUCUGCCAUAAAGCAUGUGAGGAAAAGAGCGCGAGAUUCCGCGACACAUCUCAACAGAUUCACAAACAAUGGCAGGCAGAUCCAGCUCGAGCCUUUCCAACGGUCGGUCAAGUUGUCGUGCCCGCGCCGGCGACGAUCAAUGCCGCCAACGCCGCCACCAGCAGCAGCGGCACCACCACCAGCACAGGCAACGCCAACAACAACGCGACGAGCAAGAAGAAGAGCGGCGCGUCGCCAGCGCUAGCCAAGCCAGCUAAGACCGUCGAGGCCGCUUCCUCCUCGACGCCUAAAUCGACGCCCAGUCCCAGUCCCAGUCCGAGUCCGACUGUCACGCACAAUGGAAGCUACGAGUCGCAGGCAAAGAACGCCGCCACGCUUGGCAGGAAUAAACAACAGACACCGUCGAGUUCAGCGAAAAGAGCCGCGUCGCCGUCAACGACGUCCCGCGCCCACCAAAGAACGCCGGGCGUGGGUGCGGACUCGUCGAGCGGCGCCUCGAUAAUACCCAACGGUGGCGUGAAGCAGCAGCAGCAGCACGUGACGCCAACUCCAACGCCGAGCGUGACAACGACGCCCGCGACACCGACGAAUCCGACGAGUUUGCCCGUGGGAAGCGAAGUAAGCGAUGGCGCGAAAACGAAAGCAACGACCAAGUGCAACGGUGCCGUUACCGCCGGUUCUGGCGCUGCCUCCUCCGCCGGUUCGGGUGCUGGUGGACGCGUCAGCGAAGUCAUGGAGCUGUGUUACGUAACCGAGCGAAUAAUAGCGCUGUGGUAUCGCGAGGACGCCCGAGGAGUCCUCGAGCAUGCCACCUCCUUACUCAGAGCCAAACACGCCGAUAAUUACAUGAUCUUCAACCUGUCGUCACCAGGCAGACCCGGAGAAGCGAACACGCGCGAGGCGGGCUGGCCUCAAGGACUGGCGCCGAGUCUCGAGAGGCUCUGCUCGCUGUGCAAGGAGCUGGACUCCUGGCUCAACGCCGCCAACAAUCGCGUCGUCGUUCUCCACGCCAGAGGCAGCAAGGAGCGAUUGGGUGUCGCCGUAUCGGCGUACAUGAACUACAGCAGCAUCUGCGGAGGCAGAGAUCAGGCGCUCGACAGGUUCGCCAUGCGCAGAUUUCUCGACGACAAAAUCGGCCCACUCGCUGUGCCCUCCCAUAGAAGAUACAUCGAGUACUUUGGAGGUCUGCUCGCCGGCUCGUUGCGCAUCAGCUCGACGCCGCUCUACCUGACGCAUCUCACCGUUCUCGGGGUGCCGCUGUUCGAGCCCACCGGCUGCCGGGCCUUCUUCAAGGUCUACGAGGGCCUCACGCCGGUCUUCACGUCCGAUCUCUACUCCGUGACCAACGCCCAAGAGUUUACCGUUAAUUUGGGCGGGCUGAGGCUGCGCGGAGACAUCCUCGUCAAGUGCUAUCAUCGAAUCUACUCGAGUCAAGGUCGCGAGGUCAUGUUUUCCCUGCAGUUCCACACGUGCGUAAUCACGGAGAACGUCGUGUCGUUUCCCCGCUCGGAACUCGACGUUGCCUGCAGCGACUCCAGAUGCCCACCCGACAGUGUGGUCACCCUGUACUUCGCCAACGACGCGCGUCGCCUCGACGGGCCGGUGCCGGCGCCGACCCCCGCCGUACCCCACGCAUCGGCCCAUCACGAUCCCAUACUGCACUGGGACAGCUACACCAAUCUCGAGCUCAGCGACGACGAAGGCCGUGAAACGCCACUGUCGGUGCCGUCGGCCUCGAUCCCGGCGUCGACGCCUCGCUACACUUGUGGCCCGAUCGAUGGCUCGCUGUACGCCGUCGUACAACAGCACAACCAAAGUCAACAGUCACAGUCGAAGCAUCAACAAGUACAGCAGCAGCAACAGCAUCAGCAACAACAACAGUCGAGCGUGACGCAAAAUGGCAGCGUCAACAAUCAGAGCGGCCAAAACGGUCGUGGUUCGUCGCCACUGACGGUGUCUAUGGACAGCGGCAUCAGCAGCGCUCCACCACAGAGACCGAGUCCGCCCGAAGACCACGAGAGCCAAGUGCACUGCGAUCUCGAUAAGCUUUUGCAAGACAUGAUGCUCACGGUCGAGUCGUAUCCAGACCCGCAAACCGACGAAUUUGGACGCAACGUGCUGCGCAACGGAGGCAAGAUGUACGUGCAGGACCAGUCGCCGAGAUCGUACGGCAACGGCAGCCAACCGAGCAGCUCCUCGACCUACUCGACUUUGAAGGAGUCCUGUCGCAGCUACGGCAGCAACAGCACCGUCAAGGACGCCUCUCCGCACUGUCAAAAUUCCGGCAGCACCUACAGCACCCUCAAACGAAACAACAACAACAACGACUCGGUCGACUUCAAGCAGGCCGACUCGUUCUCGCCGGCCGGAAAUAUCGACUUCAUCGACGAGGACAUACCGUACCACGCGAGACAGACGAGCCAGCCGUUCUCCUACGGGGCACCCGGCGAGAUGUUGAAGCAGCACCAGAAGCUCGCCUCGCCGUCCCUGGUGAGGAAGGCCUCGAUGAAAGCCUCCGACAAGGCCAAGUAUCAGCAGCAGUUGCAGCAGCAGCAACAAAGCGCCGCACAAGUCGUCGAUUUGGACGAUCUCCUCGGGGAGAGUAACGGUAGAAACGUCAGUCGACCGAUGAGCCCAAUAACUCCGCCCGACCCACCGCCGGAGUUCGCCAACGGGCCGAUGAGCAUGAAGACCUCGACGCCGCUGAAUUCCAAGAGGAACGACCAACCGGGCGAUGGGCUAUUGUGGCUGAAGCAGCAGCAAAUGAAGCUGGCUCAGCGCAGGGAGGAGCGCAGCCCGGCGCGGCUCUGGCGUCAGGAGACCGGUAACCGCAUGAUCGGCGAGCUGAGAAACGUGCAGAGGUCGCGGCUCAGGCACGACGGCUACGCCAGCGACUCGGCCGUGCUCGACGACGACGACGACAACAGCAGCUCCUGGUCCCACAGCCAUCACGCCGUCUCGCAGACCAACGGCCGAUCGACGGUCAACAGCUCGGCGCCGGCGAGCCCGCUCCUGCCCCAGAGAUCGCGAAAGGUCAAUGGAACUCUGCUCGGCAGCAAUAGCUUCAAUCAUCAUCAUCAUCAUCAGAGCAACGGCAGGCCGAGGGCCGAGAGCUUCAAUAACGAUCGGCCGUUCGCUGGUAAACGAGCCUACGAGAUACGAAAACAGAACGAUAACCACAGUCCGCCGCUGAUGCUGCAGAAGUACAGCAACGGGCACCAUCAGUCGUCGCCACCGAGGCCGGAGUCGCGCAGCGACAGUUUCGCCAAAACCGAGUCGUUUCUGCGCGAGCACUCGCGGCUGAUGGCCGCCAGCAGUUUGAGCAGCCACAGCCAGGUGACGUACGACGAGGCGACGAGCCUCGUCUCGUCCCGCUACCCCUCGAGGCCCGAGUCGAGGAACCAAACGAGCAACGGUUAUUACGCGACGGCCGCGGCCGGCAGCGCAGUCGGCAGCGCCUACGGCAACGGCGCCAGUCCGAAAAAGGACAUCAUCACGGAGGUGACCGAGGUGCUGACCAUAGUCGAUCAUCAUCCAGCCUCGCCGACGCCGACCAUUCAGAACAACAACGACGCCAGCGGCAACCACCAGUCUCCGGCUGAUCCUCUCUCGCACAAUGACGCGUCGUCAUCGUGGACCGAGAGGAGCGUCAGUCCGACGAGCAGCGGCGUUCAGGGCAUAAUUCACGGAUCGAGGCCGCAGACUCCGGCCUUUCCGGUGCAUCCGCGAACGCCUUACAACAACGCCUCGACGCCCAGCGUCACCUUUGCCUCGGAUCGCCCGAGUCAGCAGCAACAGCAGCAAUAUCAUCAUCACCACCAUCAUCAUCACCACCACCACUUGGCCAACAAUCACAGCUACAACAACAACAACAACGUGGCUCUGGAAACGAACAAUAAUCAUCAUCACAAUCACAAUUAUGGUGGAACUGCUGACAGGGCGAUCUUCAUCGAAGAGCGCAGAGAUAUGAGAGAGACGGGACUGCCGCCUAAGAGUCCGACAACUCAACGCCGCUUGAGUUAUCCGGAUAAUGGCGUAAGCGAAUCGUUUAACAAACGAUGGCCACUCAUUAAACAGUCGGCGUCGGUCGACUAUAGCAAGGACCGACCUGUCUCUCCGCUGGACGAUUUAAUUAGUCAACAUUCUUACGGUCGGGGUCCUAGUACUCCAACCCACCUGAAAUACGGACAGGUUCCAAAGAUCGAAAGACAAAUCGGAAGUUUGAGCGAAGUGGGGGCUAUAUCGUACACAUCGUUAAAUAGCCCAGGUGGACACACGGCGCAUUUACAGUAUUACAAUUCCCGUCGAUCGAGUCUGAGCACGGAACCUCAGGAAGUAGCCGACGCCAAUGUCAAAUUCGUUCGUGACACAAGCAAGAUUUGGUACAAGCCAAACAUCUCACGCGAACAAGCGAUUGCGAUGCUUAGGAACGCACCACCGGGUACCUUCGUAGUUAGGGACAGUAACUCGUUUCCAGGCGCUUUUGGCUUAGCUUUGAAAGUAGCCACGCCGCCGCCUGGAGCGCCAAUCAGUCCCAAAGACCCGACGAACGAGCUGGUGCGACACUUCCUAAUUGAGCCCACGUCACGAGGUGUUAGACUGAAGGGAUGUGCCAACGAGCCCGUCUUCAGCUCGCUGUCGGCUUUGGUUUAUCAACACAGUUUGAUGGCAAUGGCUCUCCCGUGUCAGUUAUUGUUACCAGAGCCAGAAGCCGCUGCCAGAGUCUUGGAGUCGUCGUUGACCAACAGCCCGCAGCAGUUAUUGGCUCAGGGAGCCGCUUGCAACGUGUUGUAUUUGUUCACUCUCGACACGGAAUCGUUGACCGGUCCGCAGGCCAUCAAGAAAACCAUCACUGCGAUGUUCGAUCAAAAACCUCGGCCAAAUGCGACGAUUGUGCACUUCAAAGUCUCGACCCAAGGCAUCACGUUGACUGACAACGCGCGAAAACUCUUCUUCCGUCGACACUAUCCCACGAAUAAUAUCAGCUACUGCGGGCUCGAUAGCGAAGAGCGUACCUGGGACUUUGUCAAUGGAGCGACCGGCCGUGCCCUUAGCGAACAUCGCUGCUUUGGCUUCGUUGCGCGCAAGCCAGCUCAUAAAUCUGACAAUCAGUGCCACAUAUUCGCUGAAUUGGAACCAGAGCAGCCCGCUACGGCCAUUGUCAAUUUUGUUAAUAAGGUGCUGAUGAGCUGUGCACACUCCAAAGCGAACAUCGUUUGAGAUUGGCGUUAACGACGCGUCCAACGAUUAUAAAAAUGCAGCUUACUCCUUCAAAUAAAUAAUUCUAAUGCCGUGGCAACAAAAUACUACAUACACCUCACUGCAAUUUUGGCUAAAAUUUUUGGAAUAUUUAACGAGUAAAUUUUUCGAAAAACUUUUAUAAAAUAAAUAUUCAGUUUAUUAACGAGUAACGCUAUUAUAAUCCACAUUCAAUAAGGGACUCGUCGUUGUUAAACUAUGUAUCACAAUACGUGCGAGCAAAUAAUAAUUGUUAAAGGGCAGCUAUGAAAUAGUCAGCCUUUGGUAUGUAUGUGAGUAUGUGUGAAUGAGUAUGUCUUAUUGAGAAACUAGCCCAAAUCUAAUAAAACUACAAUUAGCCAAAUAUACGUAUGUAUUCAUAGAUGUAUUUGAUUGUUGGUUUUGUUUUUCGUUUUGUUCGAAUUCGAAAUAUUUGAAUUUGGUAUUGGAACGUAUAAUACGUAAUAUUAGCUUUAUUCUGUAAAAGAGGUAUUGUUAUGAUUAUUUCAAUCAUCUUACAAAAUCUUGCCAUUGUUAGAGUUCAAUCCUGAUAGAGAAGAGUUAGAAAAAAAUAUCUACCCAAGAAUCUCGACAAAAUAAGCAAAUAAUUGCAUAUUUUAACAUAAAGCGUAGCUUCGCAACAACAAGUAAAAUUGAUUUUCGUAAUUUGAGAUUUAACUAUUACCUUAUAACUAAGUUCAAUUUCUUCGCGUAUUAGUUGUAUAGAUUUUAAACAAUACUAUUAUGCGUACUAGUCAAAAUUCGAGCAAUAAUUUAAUAUGUACGAUAUCCGUUUUAAUUUGUAUUUUCAAUUGUUACAUAU